AUGCAUCCCACACUUUCAGCAACAGUGCUUCUAGCAUCCCUUCUCACAUCCCCCGCCAUCUCAACCACCCCAAAACACCACCCCUCAUCCUUCCAUCCCAGCGCCAUCAUAACCCGAGACGUAGCCAUCAUAGGCGGCGGCUCCUCCGGCACGCACGCCGCAAUCACGCUCAAAGACGCCAACAAAAGCGUCAUCGUGGUCGAAAUCAAGAACCGGCUAGGCGGCCACACAGAAACCUACACAGACCCAGCAACCGGUCUCGCUCAAGACUACGGCGUGCUAGUCUAUCAUAAUGAGAGUACCGUCCUUGACUACUUCGCCCGCUUCGACAUUCCACUUGCACCCCCUCAAUUCGCUGGUAAUGACGCGAACUACGACUUCAGCACUGGUCUAGCCGUCAACGUCAGCGCACCAAGUGUAGAAGAGCUAGGCGCUGGACUCCAGAAGUACGCCGCGUUCUUAGCCCAAUACCCCAAGCUGGAAAGCGGCAUGUUCCUCCCCAGCCCCGUCCCGACAGACCUGACCAUACCGUUCGGCGACCUCGUCACCAAACUCGGUCUCGAAGCCUUGGUGCAGACAUUGUUUAGUACAAACCAGGGUAUCGGGGAUAUACUCAGUGUGCCCGUAGUGGAGAAUGCCCGUGUCAACGGGUUGGGUUUGGUCCAGCAACUCGCUUCCGGUAGUCUUGUUACCACAGCUCACCGCAAUAACAGCGAGUUGUACGGGAAAGCGCAGGCUGAGCUCCUUGAUUCGGAUAGCUUGUUGCUGUCUUCUGAAGUCGUGCGUUCGGUACGGAGGAAGGGGGGCGUGGAACUCGUUGUCAAGACGCCCGAUGGCGUCAAGUUGGUACGCGCGAAGAAGCUUCUCAUCACCAUUCCGCCGCGUGUGGAUCUGCUUGCACGUUUCGAUCUACGGAGGCAGGAACGUGAGGUCUUUGGGAAACUUAUCGAUGUUGGGUAUUACGCUGCUUUGGUCAAGAACACGGGUGUCCCAGACGAUUUAAACCUUUACAAUCGCGCGCCAGACACCCUGUACAACCUCCCUGCGCUGCCGGGUGUCUAUAUCAUGUCGCCAACCGCUAUUCCUGGGGUCAAAGCGAUCUACUACGGUUCUCAACAGUCGAAUGCGACAUACCCUCUCUCUGAUGACUUCGUCAAAGAAGAGAUGAUUGCGGCAAUCAAGAGACUGCAAACAGCAAAUGCUGACAAGUUUGAGGCGACGGAACCAGAGUUCGUGGUGUAUACAUCACAUGCGCCGUUCUAUCUGCAAGCUAAACCUGACGACAUAAAAGCUGGCAUUUAUGACGAGAUGAACGCGCUACAGGGGUUGAGGAGCACGUAUUGGAGCGGGGCGACGUUUCGAGCUUCUGAUAGCAGCGCGCUCUGGAAGUUUAACAAGGAGAUUGUGCUUCCUAUGUUGAUGGAGGGACUCUGA